AUGGGUGAUAGUCAUGGAUAUCCCGAUACGGCCCCCAUAGGAGGAGUGUUCGUCGAGAUCGUCUUCUCUAUGCUUGUAUACGGGUGUACACUCGCUCAGACUUUGUAUUAUUUUUGGAACUACCCAGGCGACAGCGUCGUGCUGAAGAUUCUGGGCACUGGAUACAACGAGAGCCGUACUGGUGACGAAUAUAGCCCAUUGCGUGGUCUCAGUAAGCAGUCCGAAUUCGCGCACAGGCACAGCAUGCCCACGCUGACAUGUAAUCUUCAGAUUGUCGUGAUCUUCAUUGUGCAGUUCUUCUUCAUCCAUAACAUCUGGAAGCUCAUGGCCCACAAGAGUGGCCGCGUUGUGUUGACAUUCGUUGCCGCCACAUUUGCAAUUCUCUCCGCAGCGGCAGGCUUCGGGCGGCGUGCUCACCGCCGCGACCACUACCUCACUCGUGCAGAGCUCUUGCCUGACCCUCGUAUUGACACACCCUGGCAACGACUUUGGGAAACCCAGAGCGACCGUGCCUUCAUAACCACUAUGGGCGUCGAUGUCGAGACCUUCCACUACCUCCUCGACAACGGCUUUACACGGGGGUGGAACUCUACUGCCAUUCCUCGGUCCGACACGAACCCUCGCGGGCAACCUCGUCUCGGUCGCCGCUCAUUGGAUGCUGCUGGUGCACUCGGUUUAUACCUGCACUACCUUGGCUCUUCGAUGACGGAGGUUUCACUGCAAGAGAUCUUCGCACUCAUCCCGGGCACGACCAACCGUUAUCUUCGAUUCGCGCGCAGCCUGAUGCUGACUGUAUCCGAUGACCCAGCGAUCGAAAAUGCAACAUUCAAUGGUUGGUUACACGACCAUUACACGAGUUGUGUAUUGGUGUUCUCUGCUCAGGUUGGCACGAUGCAAGGGUCGCGCGACCGAUCUAUCAGCAGUUGCGAGACGAAGUACCGGAAGGAUAUUACCUUGUUGCAGACUCCGCUUUUCCGCGUGGUACUGCAGAAGUUGCAGGGCGAAUCCGAGCUGCACGUACCGAUGGCGCGGAACUCCCUAACGAUCCACACGAGCGAGCAGCCACACUUGCCUUCGAUAAUCAACUAUUGUCGUACCGCCAAACUGUGGAAUGGGGCAUGCGCCAGCCAAAUACGCAAUGUGUACGAACCACUGUGGAAGAGGUCCGAAGCAGCAGAGCUCUGGGAUAACUACGAGAGAAUGGUGAUUCGGGACAUUCGCAGAGGUGAUCGGGUCGCACGUUACCAUCUCGGUGAAGCUACAGUGUGA